GUCUGGGGUUGCAGCCCCUGGGGGGUCAGUUGGGUUCGGAGCCCCCCGGGCUGCUCCGGGCACUAAGGGAAGGGGUGGUCCCGGAGGUUGAGACCCCACCCCCCCCCUCCCCGAGGGGCGUGUGUAGGUCUUGGGGCUCGUGUGGCCCCUUGGGGGCCUGAGGGCUCGGGGGUGGGUUUGGGGGGUCCCCAGCUCAGCCUCCCGGGAGAGGGGACCCCGAGGGGCGGCAGGGGGCUCAGUGCCCCCGGGAGAGGGAGGGAGCAGCCGCGCCGGCUCAGCCCUCCCCGAGAGGGGCGAGGAGCCCCCCGGGGCCCGGCCCGCGGGGGAGCAUGGCCUGGGCGCUGAAGCUGCCUCUGGCCGACGAGGUGAUCGAGUCGGGGCUGGUGCAGGACUUCGACGCCAGCCUGUCGGGCAUCGGCCAGGAGCUGGGAGCCGGGGCCUACAGCAUGAGCGACGUCCUUGCCCUGCCCAUCUUCAAGCAGGAAGAGUCGAGUUUGCCCCCGGAAAACGAGAACAAAAUUCUGCCUUUCCAGUACGUGCUGUGUGCUGCCACUUCCCCGGCUGUCAAGCUCCAUGACGAAACACUUACCUAUCUCAACCAAGGGCAGUCCUAUGAAAUCCGGAUGCUGGACAACAGGAAGAUUGGGGAACUGCCAGAGAUAAAUGGGAAACUGGUCAAGAGCAUAUUCCGGGUGGUGUUCCAUGACCGGCGGCUGCAGUACACAGAGCAUCAGCAGCUGGAGGGCUGGAGGUGGAACAGGCCUGGGGACAGGAUCCUGGACAUAGAUAUCCCCAUGUCUGUGGGCAUCAUUGACCCUAGAGCAAACCCAACCCAGCUCAACACUGUGGAGUUCCUGUGGGAUCCCUCAAAGAGGACUUCUGUGUUUAUCCAGGUUCACUGCAUCAGCACGGAGUUCACCAUGCGGAAGCACGGGGGAGAGAAGGGGGUGCCCUUCCGGGUCCAGAUAGACACGUUCAAGGAGAAUGAGAACGGGGAGUACACGGAGCACCUGCACUCUGCCAGCUGCCAGAUCAAGGUCUUCAAGCCCAAAGGAGCUGAUCGGAAGCAGAAGACGGACAGGGAGAAGAUGGAGAAGCGAACACCUCACGAGAAGGAGAAGUACCAGCCCUCCUAUGAAACCACCAUCCUCACCGAGUGCUCUCCCUGGCCAGAGAUCACCUACGUCAAUAAUGCACCAUCCCCUGGCUUCAACAGCUCCCACAGCAGUUUUUCCAUUGGUGAAGGCAAUGGCUCUCCAAACCACCAGCCCGAGCCACCCCCUCCAAUCGCAGAUGUAAGUCACACCUCAGAGCUUAUGCUUGUGAACCUCUUGCCCACCAGCACCACCCAGGAGGCUCAGCAGUGGCUGCACCGAAACCGCUUCUCCACUUUUUCUCGGCUCUUCAGGAACUUCUCAGGAGCAGACCUGCUGAAGCUGACCAGAGAAGAUGUCAUCCAGAUCUGCGGCCCCGCCGACGGCAUCCGGCUCUUCAACGCCCUGAAAGGCCGGAUGGUGCGGCCCAGACUGACCAUCUACGUGUGUCAGGAGUCCCAGCAGCUGAGGGACCUUCAGCAGAAACACGAGGAUGGGGACGCAGUAACCAGCACUUUUUUUGUGUACCAUGCCAUUUACCUGGAGGAGCUGACAGCAGUGGAACUGACAGAGAAGCUGGCCCAGCUGUUCAGCAUCUCUUCCCAGCAGAUCAGCCAGAUUUACAAGCAAGGUCCGACCGGGAUCCACGUGCUGAUCAGUGAUGAGAUGAUACAGAACUUCCAAGAUGAAUCAUGUUUUGUUCUGGACACCAUGAAAGCUGAAACCAAUGACAGCUACCACAUCAUCCUGAAGUAGGAGGGGAGGGGAUGAGGAGCAUUGUGAUCCUCUUGUCGCACAUCAAGACCCUUCACUUCAGCACAAGGACACAAGCAGAGAUCUGGAAACUCCUGAGCACCCUCUGGCAAGACCCUGAGCUGUUGGAUACUUGGCUGUCUUUCUGGCAGGGGACUUCCUUGCUCUGAUGGCAUCUGAACAGCCCUUGGUGGCAACUGCUGCUUAGUUGCUGGAGCUCUGAGGCUGAAGUUACCAGGUCGUGCAGCUGUGUUGCUCCCAGUAGAAACUUGCCUUUGGGACCUCAGGUGUUGGUGAGGCUGUUCCCAUGGCAGGUGUGUGCUCUGCUUCCCUGAGGGGCAUCAGCUCCCGUGGUGCUCACAGACUGGCAAGAGAACAUGAACCCAACUGGCCCAACCAAGCCAACUGGCCCAGGGGCACGUGCUGAGCUGAGCAGGUCUCUAAAAUGGCCUGUGCUGAUGGAUUGGUAGGCCAGGGCUGGGAGGGGUUUUCUUAAAUAAUUUUGUUAAGCUUUCAUUUAAUAUUACAAUACAUCUAUUAGACAAA